GUGUGGCACUUGGCCAGGCAGGUCACAUAUAGAGGGGCGGCUUUAGGAUAUUGGCCUAGGCCUAGCUUUAGUUUCGUGGAAUGAAAUAAGGAAUGCUACUAAAAGUAACGAAUUUUCAUUUUAAUGUAACAAGAAGUCCACAAUGAUGAUCAUACAGUACAAACAAAAAUGUGCAUUUUUGUGCAGUGUGGUGAAGAAGAGCACAAUCUUUGCGAAAAAUAAUCCAAACAUUUAUGUUCAGUCUCAAAUGGUGCCAUCUUUCAAAAGAAUAUUGGUUAAUAAUUUAUGUUUAAGAAAGCAAGAUAAUGGCAGUGUUACAUGCUUUACAAGAACUAUGACAAGCAACAAGACAUCAAUUUCAGUGGUAAGUUUACACGGAGGACUCCCUCAAAAGACAUUGCAGAUUCUCUGUUGGUUACCAACACUUUUAAACAUGGUUCCUUAUGGAUUUGUUGCUUUUAAAUCGACCAACUCGCAACUAAUUAAACAAAGAAGAAAAAUGAAAUAUCCUGAAUUGAAUGAAGAUGAUUUGGAGGAACAGUUUGUCAGAGGAAGUGGACCAGGAGGACAGUCGACAAACAAGACGAGUAAUUGCGUUGUUUUGAAGCAUAAACCGACAGGGAUUAUAAUUAAGUGCCACCAGACUCGAUCGCAACAUGAGAACCAGAUAAUCGCAAGACGUUUACUACAGGAAAAACUUGAUCAGCAUCUGCACGGCGAGAACAGUCAAAUAAAUCAACAAAAUAUGUUAAACAAGAAGAAACAGAGUGAAAAGAAAAGGAAAACUAGGAUUAAACUAGAAAAACUAAAAGAACUGAGAGAGAAACUUAAUUCCGAAAAUGAAAAAUGAAAUAAUAGUGUUUAAAUUGUUCUAUUUUGAUAUUAAAUGUACACUUCAUGAUUUUGUUUCUAUAUCUUCGUAUAUCAUCAAAUUAUAAAAGCAGUGGCAUAAAUAUGAGCUCUCACUAGCUAAAGCCAUUGAGCUCUGACCCUGGGCAUUUUGUUGCCUGGGCCCAUUGCCUGGGGUCUAGGGGCCGUCUAGGGUCUCAGUGGAUCGAGGAGUCCCCCGGAAGCUACAACCUUUUAACGGAUUAGAGGACUAAUUUAAUCGAUUAUAGAGUGCUUAAUUUUAUCAGGUCAUGAAAAAUAAAGUAUGGAAACAUGAAAAGUAAAAGCUAUCCUUCCUUUUAUUGAAAAGUAGAGCUGAAAAGAUUCAUAGCAUAAAAAAAAAAAUGACUAUGGCACCUCUAUAUGGCUGGAAAUGACACUCUUGGACUUACAAUUUGAGUAGAAUUUUCUUUUUUCUCAGUUUCUGUUAAAUUUUUGAAAAAUUUAGGGGGGCCCCUUAAUCUGCUACUGUCUUAAUAUAUUUAUUCAGUAUUUAUUUGACAAUCGAAUCUCUAUCACAUCUAACUUUCAUGUAUAUUGAUGGUGUACAGGGUCCAAGUCUUUGAGAAUUAUUAAUUAAUGACACAAAGCAUAUACUAUUUGAUACAUUGUAAACAUAAAUUCUAGAGUAGUAGAAGUCAUGGAAAUAUUAAUGAAAAAGAAUUAAAAGCAAUUAAUUACGAGCUUUCAUUGAUUCAACGAUCAGGUUUAUUUCAAGUCUCGUUGAAAAAACACAUAAUACUGGAUGAAUGUAUAUACGUUUAAUAAUUUUUAUUUAUUUAUUUUAUUUUUCAUCUAGCACCCUGGGGCCUGGGACAUGGAGCACUUGCCCCGGAAGCCCCAUCCUCUCGACGGCACUGUCCAGACCUAAUGGGACCCAAUGGCUUAAAAAAUAGUUAGAAUAAAUAGUAUGGUUCCAUAUUGUUCAACAUUUGCGGUACAGUAUCUUGAAAAAAUAAUAAGACUUUUAACUACAUAACCAAUUGAUAAUCUGCAAACCUUAUCAAGUUAUUACUGUUAGGCCUAGUAAGUUACUGCUUACCUGAAUGCCUAAUGCACUUUAGACAAAUACAGUAUUGAUAAUUUUCCUGAGCCAGUCACUUUUAAUGUGUACAUUGAUAGAAUAUGUUUGCU